AUGACGAAGUCAGACCGUGAGCCCAUCGCCGUUGUCGGUAUCGGGUGUCGCUUUCCCGGGGGUAUCACCACCACGAAAGAUUUCUGGGAAAUCCUUCGUCGUGGCAUUGACACGUUGUCUGAGGUUCCGCCUGAUCGGUUUGAUUUCAACGCAUUCCACGAUGCUGACACACGAAAAUAUGGAACGAUACGAAAUUGCAAAGGUGGUUUUGUCAAUGACGUCCAUGCAUUCGACGCUGGCUUUUUCGGCUACUACCCGGCUGAGGCAUCAAGGAUUGACCCGCAACAGCGACUAGUUCUGGAAGCAAGCUUCCAUGCGCUGGAGGACUCUGGCACCACGCUGGAACAAGUAGCUGGAUCACAAACAAGUGUCUUCCUUGGAGCAUUCAUGUACGACCAUCUUUGUAUUCAGACAGCAAUGGAGCAACGAGAUAACGUCAGCCCUCACGUGGCAAUGGGCGUUUCUAACAGCUCGAUUGCGAACCGGGUAUCACAUCGACUGAACCUACAUGGACCAAGUGUCACUCUAGAUACCGCCUGUUCGAGCAGUCUCGUCGCAUUGCAUCUUGCUUGCCAAAGCCUGUGGGCGCAUGAGAGCGAGGCUGCUCUCGCUGGUGGCGUCAAUGCUAUCCUCCGACCCGAAUCCACGAUAUUGAUGUCGAAGGCUGGCUUUCUCUCUCCAGAUGGUUCUUGCAAGUCGUUUGACGCAGCCGCAAAUGGAUAUGUUCGAAGCGAAGGCGUUGGGAUUGUGUAUCUGAAGCCUUUGAGUCGAGCACUCCAAAACCGGGACAGAAUUUACGCUCUGAUUCGCGGCUCGCUUGUGAACCAAGACGGAUACACGGCGGAAGGGUUCACAGUCCCCAGUCUCAAGGCACAGGCGGCAUUGUUGCAAUCGGUCUAUUCACGGUCUGGUAUAGACCCGGCCAAGGUCCGUUACGUGGAAGCUCACGGGCCGGGGACCCCGGUGGGCGACCCAAUCGAAGCAAAGGCCCUGGGAAAGCAGCUUGGACAGGUGCGCUCGAAAGAUGAUGAGUCCCUUUGGAUAGGCUCAGUGAAGGGCAACUUCGGUCACCUUGAGGGAGCUUCUGGAAUUACUGGUUUCAUUAAGGCUGCGCUGGUCACCUUUCAUGGUGAAAUCCCCCCACAAGCAAACCACAGGAAUCCUAACCCUUCGAUUGACUUUCAAUCCCUUCGACUCGCGAUACCAACUAAAACGGUACCUGUGACACGAGAUCAGAAACAUAAGCUAUGGGUCGGUAUCAACUCGUUUGGAGCAGGAGGUACGAACGCGCACGCUGUACUUGAGGAGGCACCCGAUGCCGAGGCCUCUUCCACAUCCAGUCAUGGGCCACGCGUUUUCGUGCUGUCUGCGAAGUCGCUGCCUGCCCUAGAACAUGCGGCUAGAGAUCUCGCUUCUCAUCUACGACAGCAGCAGCCUGUCCUAGAUGACGUCGCUUAUACCCUCAAUAUGCGUCGAAGCCGCCACUCCGAGAUCUCCGUCAUCCCAGCUAAAGAGCUUGAGGGCUUGUGUCAUCGUCUCGACCAGCUCGGCUCCAGCAAGGCAUCAAAGGACAUUUUGACACUACAGAAGCGAUCGGGCAGUUCCCCUAAAGUUGCUUUUGUGUUUUCCGGUCAAGGUGGACAGUGGCUCGGCAUGGGGGCAGCGCUUGCGGAUCAAGAACCAGUAUUCCGUGACUCUCUAGCUGCUUUUGAUGAUAUUUUCAUGGCACAGGCAGGAUUCUCUAUUCGUGCGGAGAUCUCAAGUCGCGGGGACCCUUCACGACUCAACAGUACCGUCAUUGUUCAACCAGCCAUUGCAGCUAUUCAGAUCGCACUGGCGAGACUCCUAAUUUCGUACGGCGUCAAACCCGGUGCAAUCGUGGGCCACUCCAUUGGCGAAGUCGCCGCUGCUCAUAUAGCUGGUGCCCUAAGCCUUGAGCAAGCCGUCACGGUGAUCCGUUUACGGUCAAACAUCCAGAGCCAAGCAGCAGGAGAAGGGUCCAUGUUAGCCACUGGAAUGUCGUCAACAGAAGCCGAGCACCUAAUUCUGCGGCGUCAGCUGGGUGGAAGCGUGGAGGUUGCAGCUCUCAAUGGCCCUAAAAUGACGACACUAGCAGGAGAUGCAGCGGAAUUGGAACAACUUGCCAAAGAACUCGAAGCUCGCGGGACUUUUGCUCGAUUCGUCAAGGUUGAAAUUCCAUAUCACAGUCGUUUCAUGGAUCCCUUUGAAAAGCCUCUCAUCGAAGCCUUGUCGGCAAUCCAAGGAAUUAAAACCGAUGUCAGUCUCUAUUCCACCGUUACCACUUCCAUCGAGCCCGGGACUCACUUGACCGGGGAGUACUGGUUCAAGAAUGUACGUAAACCAGUCCGAUAUGUUGAGACGGCGACAAAAAUGCUCGGCGACGGCUGCAAUUUCUUUGUCGAAAUCGGGCCACACCCUGUCCUGGUCUCUGGAACUCGAGGCAUUGUGGAGUCUACUGGGCUGCAUGCUCAUGUCCUUCCAGCCAUGGUACGAGGCAGCGAUAUCGAGCCCGUUUCAUGUCUCAUAGGAGCCGCGCAUGCCGUCGGUAUUGAUGCGGAUAUGCAAUCAUUCAAUGGUGGAGGCGGCCGUUUUGUAGAUCUCCCAUUGUACCCUUUUCAAAGGGAGCACUACUGGUUUGAACAUCCGGAAGCUCAGCAACGCCGUCUUGGGAAAUCGAAACAUCCAUUCCUUGGAGACGGUACCAAUCUGACAGACGAUGGUCGUAGCAUCCUACGGCUCAGGCUGAGCACUGGGGUGUCACCGUUUCUAGCUGAUCAUCUUGUCGAUGGGGCACUGGUAUUUCCAGUGACAGGGCAUAUAGAGGCGGCAUACUUGGCUGCAAGGGAUCAAAUGGCGCACAUGGGAGUCUGGCUGGAGGACCUCCGAUUCGAACAUCCCGUUGUCCUGACAUCUGCAGAAGAUUUCGCUCCACAAGUCCUCCUGGAGAUUGUGUCACCUGCGAAAGACUACGUUAUAAGUACCCGUCCCGCAAAUUCAACUCCCGAGACCGCAUGGCAAAUCUGUUCUCGUGGAAGGAUCAACGCAUUCGACCAGCGGUUUGCCACCACCGCAGAAGCCCUGGAUAGCGUAAGGGCUCGAGUUCGCGCAGGGAGGGAAGUCGAUGUUGAAGAUUUCUACUGGAGAAUCGAACAAUCAGGCCUUCGAUACGGCGAGGCGUUCAGAGGUGUCCAAAACUUGUGGCAACUCGGGGGUGAAAUCUUCGCUUAUGUGAAAAUGCCCAGUUCCUUACACGGGGAGGCGUCACGCUUUCGUUUUCACCCUGCACUUUUGGACGCUUGUAUCCAUACGAUGUUUGCCGAGCUGCACCAUCACGGGGACUCUCGCUAUGUUUAUCUGCCCUAUCACAUGGAGCGUGUUCAGAUAUUCGAAGCAGACGGUGCCACAAGUGCUUUCGUGCAUCUCCAAGUCAAGUAUUCUGGUGAUACGUUCUUCCGCUGCAAUGCAUCAGUGUACGGAGAGAAUGGAAAAGUCCUGGCCAUGAUAGUUGGAUUGACAGCGAAGCGUCUUCUGGGUACAUAUCUAACCCGACAGGUGGAUUACCAAAUCUGUUAUCAAUCCGAGUCUCAAGAGGGGUCGAGCAAGUUAGCGGUGGACUUCACGAAUAUUUUGGUCCUUGACCAGCAGCUCGGAGACAUUAACUGGUCAUCAGUCAUGCAGAGGACAUUCCCUCGCGCGCAGAUCCACCAGAGGGCUUUGAAAUCAGUCAAAAGACACUGGAAAACGACCGAAUGGGGAUUUCAGUUGGAUCGCCGAACACUUCUCAUUGUGCCGGCGUUGUUGCCACUCCGUGGGGACCUUCACGAACCCUUGGGAGCGGUAAUCAGAGCACUCUUGCACGUCGCUGUCUGGAUUCGCGAGCAACAAGGCACGCCCACAGUUGUGGUAAUAACCAGAGGAGGCUGUAUGACGCCAACAGAUACGCAAUGUAAUCCCAUUUCCUCGUCAGUCGAAGCAGCCGCGCGAGUCAUGGCGAACGAAUUGCCGCAAUCACGCAUCCGCGUCGUGGACAUUCCUCUUGAUCAGACGACCGGGUGCAUUCCAGGACUGCAAGAUGAGUUGCAGUACAUUCGUCUCGACCAGCAUGACACUGUGGUGGCCAUACGGCCAGAGGGUCGCUUCGUCAGAAGGGUCAUAGCCUUGGACACCAAAGAAGAAGAGAAAAGCAUGGAAAAGAAGCUCCCUGCAAGAGGAGGUAGGUACUUUUGUGAAGCAGACCCCAACAGUUCGCUCGAUAGCAUCAUCAUUCGGCAGCAACCUCCGACAAAUUUGGGUCCGGAUGAAGUGGCCAUCGACGUCCACUCUGCUGGUCUCAACUUCAAGGACAUAAUGAAUGCAUUGGGUCUGCUUAGUGAGCGAGCUACCUCUGGUGGCUUAUCAGGACAGAAAUUGGGGCUCGAAGUCGCUGGUCAAGUCGUCAAGAUCGGGGAGAAUGUGCGAGGCAUUGACGUCGGCGCUCCAGUCAUGGCUCGAGUCUCGAACGGACUUGGGGGUUUUGCAACUGCCAAUCGCAACCUCGUCGUGCCAAUUCCGCCCUCCAUGACCUUUACCCAAGCCGCUUGCCUCCCGGUUACUUACAUGACGGCAUAUUACGCCUUGACGUACCUCGGUAGACUGGCGUCUGGAGAAAGUGUCCUUAUCCACGCUGCAGCUGGCGGAGUUGGAAUAGCUGCGAUUCAAAUUGCAAAACUUCUUGGUGCUCGAGUGUUUGCUACAGCAGGAAGCCCUGCUCGUCGAGCCUGGGUAUCUGAAAUGGGAGUUGAAGCAGUGUUCGACUCACGUUCUCUGUCAUUCCAUGACGAAGUAAAAAAGGCAACGCGCGGUUUGGGUGUGGAUGUGGUCCUCAACUCCCUUACAGGCUCAAUGUUCUCUCAGUCAGUGGCAUGUCUGGCUCCGUUUGGACGCUUCUUAGAGAUCGGCAAGACGGAUAUUUAUCGGAACAUGAGGCUUGGUCUCGAGCAGUUUGGCGAGAAUUGUUCAUUCUUUGCAAUCGACAUCGACAGAUUGGCUAUGCAGAAGCCAGAGCUACACCGCCGUAUGCUUGACGAGGUUUGUGCUCUGUUCGAGAGCGGCAAAUUGGUGCCGCCACCCGUCACCGCGUAUCCUAUCACACAGCUGUCCACAGCCCUGAAGUCUCUUUCGCGGUCUGCUGUGGUAGGGAAGGUUGCUGUGGAAAUGCCGGAAAACACCUUUGUUGAUGCAGCACCACCGAGUGAGCUGAAGUUGCGUCCUGAUCGAAGUUAUCUCAUUACUGGAGGCGCGAGUGGGCUCGGUUUGCAAUUGGCACGAUUCUUGGUUGAGCGAGGGGCGAAGCAUCUUGUGCUUGUCAGCCGGUCGGGACCAAAGUCUGCUGAUGAUAAUGCACUUCUCCUGGAUAUGCGGCGUCGAGGCGUGGCGGUAAAGAUUGAGCGCGCGGACAUCACCAACGCCGAGGUAGUAACAGCUAUCUUGCGUCAGCAAAAGCCACCGAUCGCAGGAAUAGUCCACAGCGCAGCCGUCUUACGAGAUUCGUAUACCCAUGAGACGACCAUGGACGACUUUUGGGCAGUUUUCGGGCCAAAGGCGAUUGGUGCGUGGAACAUGCACCUGGCUACACAAGGCAUGAGUCUGGACUUCUUUGUCUUGAUUUCAUCCAUGUCAAGUGUUCUGGGGCUCACAGGCCAGUUCAGUUAUGCUACUGCCAACCAGUUCCUGGAUGGGUUGGCACGCCAUCGUCGGGCAUCUGGCUUGCCUGCCCUCUCCCUAAAUCUGGGUCUUCUAUGGCAUUACGCUGGUAUGUCUCGCAAGUCUACCACCAACGACAGGGUCCUCGAAAUCUUGGAGUCGCACGGGUUUUCUCCCAUGAGCCUUCCAAUAGUCCUCUCCGCCUUUGAGCGCGCAAUUCUUCACGGUUCUACACAACGCCUGGCCGCUAUCGUUGAUUGGGUGAUGUUUCUGAAAGCAUACCCUCACCUGAGUCGUGAUGGCGCCUUUUUGGGGCUGAAGAACAAGCAAGAGCGAAUGGACGGCCCUGGAUCUCACGGGUCGCUUUCUUCUCUAUCGGGCCCAGGGCGGAUCAAAGUAAUGGCCGAAACAUUGCGCUCCGCGCUGGCCAAAAUAGUGGGAGUCGAGCCGAGCAGGAUUUCUCUCACGGAAAAGAUCGAUCAAUAUGCUUUUGACUCCCUUACUCUCACACAGCUGCGAAGUGUGAUCCUGCGUGAGUUUCGGAUUACAUACCCCGUCAUGAGGCUUUUUCAAGGACCUAGUCUCCAAGAGAUUGCAUUGGAGCUUGAAAGUUCCUUUGGAAACAGCUCUGGUGAAGGGCAGGAUCUUAUGGAUGUAGCCAACCACGAGGCUGAACCAAUGUUAUCCACCGAACUGUCGGUCGCGUCGCCGUGGUUUAUUCGGAGGAAGUCAGCCAACGGCUUCCACCAGCGAGUCGUAUGCUUUCACUCAAUGGGCACCGGGGCGUCCCUAUUCACCCCGUUUCUGAUGGAUCCACCUGACGGAUUGGACGCAAUUGCAGUUCAAUUGCCAGGUCGCGAGACACGGGCGGACGAAGCAAUUCUAACCAAUAUGUCUGAAAUUGUUGCCGGCAUACUUGGCGAGAUGGAAACGACCGUGGGAGUACCGCACGUCUUCUGGGGACACUCAUUCGGGGGUAUAAUUGCUUUUGAAGUCCUUAAAGCUCUUCGACGCCAAGGGAAGCCACUCCCACGCCUGUUGGUAACCGGCACGAUAGCUCCACACCUCGUCCGACUCUGGAAGAAGAGAGAUGUCCUCCUCCGAAUUUUAGCAGAGGACUACAGCCCGGAUUAUCUGCUCGCGGUGUCGCGAUACGUGGACAACGCGGACUUUGUCCGCUCAAUCCUGCCACUGAUGAGGAGGGAUACGCCGUUGUUGCUAGGAUACCAGUUUGACGAAGAAGAAAUCCUAGAUGUGCCGAUUACGGCUUUUGCCGCACGUCAAGAUGACAUGGUGUACCCGGAUGAGGUCGCCGCUUGGAGGACGUAUACGAAAGAGUUCAAACUGGUCGAGGUUGAUGGAGAUCAUUGGUUCUUACAUCGGAAUCGGAAGUUAGUGCUGGAGACGUUGGCGGCGUUGGCUAGAUAG